AUGGCAGCCUCUCACCCCGAGAUGGCAAACAUGAGCGCCGCUCGCUCAGAGCACAGCAGUCACGACACUAUCGUCGAUAUGGAACAUACGCCCAACGAGAAGCCCACGUCAUCGCCGGCUCCUAAGAUGGACGACAAGACCAGCUCCAGCGAGGAUGAGGACGAGCAUCAAACUGAGGAGAUGGUCCGCCGACACUCCAUCGUGAGAGACCUCGCUCGACAAUACACGAACACUUCGCAGAACUUCCAGGGGAGCCAGGCCGAUUUCUUCAACGCUGGGGAUCCCGAUUCGCCUCUCAACCCGCAUAGCGAGAAAUUCAACGCCAGAGCUUGGGCCAGAUCAGUGUCAAAGGCUAUGGGAGAUAACGGCUCGGGUUUCCGACAGAGUGGUAUCUGCUUCCAGGACAUGAACGUAUUUGGCUACGGUGCCGAAACAGAUUAUCAGAAGGACGUUGGAAACAUCUGGCUCGGUCUGCCCAGCAUGGCACGAAACAUGUUUGCUCCCAACCAGGGCAAGCGCAGGAUCGAUAUCCUUCGCGGCUUCGACGGUGUUGUCAACUCGGGAGAAAUGCUCGUCGUUCUCGGCCCUCCCGGUUCAGGAUGCUCUACGUUCCUCAAGUCUGUAUCUGGCGAGACUAACGGUAUCUUCGUCGACGACAGCACCUACUUCAACUACAACGGUGUUCCAGCGGAUGAGAUGCACAAGCACCACAAGGGUGAAGCUAUUUACACUGCCGAAGUCGACGUGCACUUCCCUAUGCUUUCGGUCGGCGACACACUCACCUUUGCUGCGCGCGCGCGAUGCCCGCAGAACCUGCCAGCUGGUAUCGACCAUAACCAGUACAGCGCCCACAUGAGGGAUGUUGUCAUGGCCAUGUACGGUAUCAGCCACACCAUCAACACCCAAGUAGGCGACAACUACAUCCGAGGAGUUUCGGGCGGUGAGAGGAAGCGUGUUACCAUCGCCGAAGCCACGCUCUCGAACGCACCCUUCCAAUGCUGGGACAACUCAACCCGUGGAUUGGAUUCAGCGAACGCGGUUGAGUUCUGCAAGACGCUUCGACUGCAGUCGGAACUAUUCGGCCAGACUUGUGCUGUCUCUAUCUACCAAGCGCCCCAGAGUGCAUACGAUCUCUUCGACAAGGCUCUCGUUAUCUACGAAGGCCGUCAGAUCUUCUUUGGUCCCGCCGACGAAGCAAAGGCCUACUUUAUCAACCUCGGAUUCGAGUGUCCUGACCGUCAAACCACGCCCGACUUCCUCACCUCCAUGACAGCGCCCGCCGAACGCGUCAUCCGUCCCGGCUUUGAGAACAAGGUGCCCCGUACACCCGACGAGUUCUUCGCCUGUUGGAGGGAGAGCCGUGCGUAUCAGAUCGUCCAAUCCGAGAUUGAGACGUACAAGAGUCUCCAUCCCAUCAACGGCUCCAGCGCCGAUGCCUUCCGCGAGAACAAGAAGUCUGCUCAGGCAAAGGGCCAACGCCUCAAGUCUCCCUUCACGCUGUCUUAUAUGCAGCAAGUGCAGCUUUGCCUGUGGCGAGGAUGGAAGCGCCUUAUGAGUUCACCCGGCGUGACGAUCUUCGCACUCAUAGCGAAUACAUGUACAGCUCUCAUCGCAUCAUCGCUCUUCUACAACAUGAAACCUACCACGGACGAUUUCUUCAAGCGAGGAGCAGUUCUUUUCCUCGCCGUCUUGUCCAACGCCUUCGCAUCUGCCCUUGAGAUCUUGACGCAGUACGCCCAGCGUCCUAUUGUUGAGAAACAUGCUCGCUAUGCCUUCUACCAUGCCUCUGCCGAAUCGUUGGCGUCCAUCUUGGUUGAUAUGCCGUAUAAGAUCAGCAACAGUAUUCUGUUCAAUGUCACUCUUUAUUUCAUGUCGAAUCUCAAUCGGGAGGCGGGUGCAUUCUUUUUCUACCUCCUGGUGUCCUUCAUCAUGGUCCUUGCCAUGUCUGGUAUCUUCCGAUCUAUUGCUUCCAUCUCCCGUACUCUAUCCCAGGCCAUGGUUCCCGCCUCUCUUCUGAUCCUCGCACUUGUCAUCUUUGCAGGUUUCGUCAUUCCAACAGAUUACAUGCUUGGCUGGUGUCGCUGGAUAAACUAUCUCGAUCCCGUCGCCUACGCCUUCGAGUCACUGAUGGUCAACGAAUUCUCCGGGCGUAACUUCACUUGCACAGGCUUCGUUCCUAGUGCUGGUGUCCCUGGAUACGAGGAUGUCGGUGACCUCAACCGAGCUUGCGCCACCGUGGGAAGUGUUCCAGGCCAGAGCUUCGUCAACGGCGAUGCAUUCCUCAACUCAAAGUACAAGUACUACCACGCGCACAAGUGGCGCAACGUGGGUAUCCUCAUCGCCAUGACUCUCUUCAACCAUCUCGUCUAUAUCGUCGCCACCGAGUUUAUCUCCGCCAAGAAGUCAAAGGGUGAAGUCCUCGUCUUCCGUCACGGCCACGUUCCCGCAGCUGUGUCCAAGGGCAAGGCCGAUCCCGAGGCUGCUUCUUCCGGUCCCAUCCCUACCACCGAAAAGUUCAACAACGAGAACGCCAACAUUCAGGGAUCUACUAGUGUCUUCCACUGGAACAAUGUGUGCUACGAUAUCAAGAUCAAGGGCGAACCGCGCCGCAUUCUCGAUAAUGUAGACGGUUGGGUCAAGCCGGGUACUCUCACGGCUCUUAUGGGAGUAUCAGGUGCCGGAAAGACCACCUUGCUCGACUGUCUCGCCGAUCGAAUCUCAAUGGGCGUCAUCACUGGAGAAAUGCUCGUCGACGGCAAGAUUCGUGAUGAUUCCUUCCAGCGAAAAACCGGUUAUGUGCAGCAGCAGGAUCUUCACCUGGAGACCAGUACCGUUCGUGAGGCCUUGACUUUCAGCGCUCUUCUUCGACAACCCGCUACCACACCACGUGAAGAAAAGAUUGCUUACGUUGACGAAGUCAUCAAGCUGUUGGAUAUGCAAGAGUACGCCGACGCCGUCGUAGGUGUUCUCGGCGAGGGUCUCAAUGUUGAACAGCGCAAGCGUCUCACAAUCGGUGUUGAGCUCGCCGCCAAGCCUCCCCUUCUCCUCUUUGUCGACGAACCCACCUCCGGUCUUGAUUCGCAGACAUCCUGGGCUAUCCUCGAUCUUCUUGAGAAGCUCUCCAAGGCAGGCCAGUCUAUUCUCUGUACCAUCCAUCAACCGUCCGCUAUGCUGUUCCAGCGCUUCGACCGACUCCUCUUCCUCGCAAAGGGAGGUCGCACUAUCUACUUUGGCGACAUUGGCAAGAACUCUGAGAAGCUAACUGGAUACUUCGAGAAGAACGGUUCCGAUCCUUGCCCCAAGGGCGAGAACCCUGCUGAAUGGAUGCUCCAGGUCAUUGGUGCCGCACCAGGCUCGCAUACUGACACCGACUGGCAUCAGGCCUGGCGACAAAGCUCCGAUUAUCAGGACGUUCAGAAUGAGCUUCAGCGUCUCAAGGCCGAGGGCGAUGCCGACUCUUCUGCCCACCACGACCCUGAAUCGUACCGCGAGUUUGCAGCUCCUUUCUUCCAGCAGCUUCAGAUUGCCACUCAGCGUGUCUUCCAGCAGUACUGGCGCACGCCUUCUUACAUCUACUCCAAGGCCGCUCUCUGCAUUCAGGUCGGUCUGUUCAUUGGUUUGGUCUUCCUCAAUGCUCCGUUGUCUAUCCAGGGCUUGCAGAACCAGAUGUUUGCCAUCUUCCAGGUCUUGACCGUGUUUGGCCAACUCGUCCAGAUGCAGAUGCCUCACUUCGUCACUCAGCGAUCCCUCUACGAAGUUCGCGAACGUCCCUCCAAGACAUACAGCUGGAAGGUCUUCAUGCUUUCUCAGAUCAUGGCCGAGAUCCCCUGGAACAGUCUUAUGUCUGUGUUCUUGUUCGUCUGCAUCUACUACCCUGUCGGUUUCCAAAAGAACGCCGAGGCCGCUGGACAGACUGUUGAGCGAGGUGGACUUAUGUGGCUACUCUUCUGGCAGUUCCUCGUCUUCACCUGUACCUUCGCCCAUGCCGCCAUCUCCAUCACCGAUACCGCCGAGGCAGGAGGUAACUUGGCAAACGUCGUCUUUAUGCUCUGCUUGUUCUUCUGUGGUGUUUUGGCUUCACCUGACAACAUGCCCGGCUUCUGGAUCUGGAUGUAUCGAGUCUCGCCGUUCACAUACCUAGUUUCGGCUAUCAUGUCCACUGGACUCGCCAACACCAAGGUUACAUGCGCGGACAACGAGUAUACUAUCUUUGAUCCCCCGAACGGGUCCACCUGUGGUGAAUAUCUCAAGGAUUACACCGCUGCUGCUGGUGGAUACGUGCUCAACAAGGACGCCACCUCCAACUGCAACUUCUGUACCAUCGAGGAUACCAACGUGUUCCUAACGUCUCUUAGCUCAAGCUAUGAGAACAGAUGGAGAGACUUCGGAAUUGGAAUGGUGUAUAUCGUGGUCAACAUCGUUGGUGCUCUCUUCUUGUACUGGCUGGUUCGCAUGCCCAAGAACAAGAACAAGAGCAAGAAGACUAAAUAG